AUCGACCUCACACUUGAAAUGUCUGUAUCUACUCUUCUCAAGACCGAAUCCCAUCCAGAAUCUGUAAUGGAAACUGAUCUGACUCUACUCUACUCUCGUAGAUGCAAAACCAAUGAUAUCAUUAUUUUCUGCAAAAACGCCGCUCGUAAUGGAGGAGUCUUCAAGUACCAGCUCAAAACUGAAUUGUUGCCAUGGAGACGUGUUGAGUGUGUCUGCUGUGAGUACAAGGAGCAACGACUUUUGGAAAAGAUGGUAGAAAUGAUGAAGGACAUACCAUUAGAGUUGGAGCCAGAACUCGAAGUUGAUGAACGCAGAUUCAUGAAUGUUAAUUUGGAAAUUAUGUGCUCCGAGUACUGUGAGCAAUGCGACGAAAUGACCAUUUUUGCGAAGGACACUGAUGAGGAAUUCCCAAUGACAUUCAAUCCCAAAACACAGUCAUUUACCUACUCGAAAUGCAAAGAAUGCAUUGAGAAUACCAAAUUUGCGAUUCGCCGUCACUACUUGAAUCAACAAAUCUCCAAGCUUGCUGGUACUCCUUUACCAUACCAGGAUCGGAAGGGAAAGGAGCUUAUCAGUUUGCAAGUUACCUGGCUGAACAAGGAACAAGGAAACAUGGAGUAUUUUGUGAAUCCAGAUGGAAAUAUUUCCAAAUACCAAUGGAAUGAGAAAUUCCAGUAUUUUGAUCAUGUUAGAACGUUGGAUGUGGAAACAUUGGCUUCAGGAUCAAUCAACAAAAUGCUCGGAAUUGUUGAAGAAAAGUUCAGUACUGCAUUUGCAGCUCGUAUGCGUUUGAUCCAAGUGAACACGGAGCAGCUAUUGUGGGCUGGAGAACGAAUGAGUUCAUCCCAACUGGGCUCACUUCCACCAGUCUCAAAGCCAGAAAAGAAGCUCGUUGUUCUUCAAGAUGGCACAGAAUGUCUUGUAAUCCGCAAGGAUCGUGUAUCGUCGAAUGGACUCUAUAAGUUUGAUACUAUUUCCUUUAAAGAUGGAAGUGUGAAACCAUACCGUCGGAAUGAUACCACCCGUCAAUAUGAGCUCUUCAAAAGUGAAUAUUUUGAGGCGUUUGGUCUCUUCUCAGUGGAAACAGAAGUAGAAGAAUCUGAGAGAUAUUCCUUGGAUUGGGAUCUUACUCCAAAAACCAUUGUCUCUUGUACCCAUAAUGAUCGUACCCUCUUCACAGCUUUCAACAACUUCACUCAGACAGAUGGAUUCUAUUUCUACAACAGCUCAACAGGCCAUGUUCAUGAGCAUUCCGGAUGCUCCACUUGUAAAAGCUCAGUCAUCGAUUCAUCCCAAGUCAUUGCCUCUUCAAUCUCUCCAUUCACAAGAUGCGCGAUCAUCUUGAAAACAAAUAAAGAAGGUCGCUUCAUAAAGGUUGGAUUGAAUGAGUGUAGUAGAAAGUAUGAAGCCAUGGCUCCACUGAAAGUAAUGAAUGUCCAUGUACCAGUACCACAAUCGAAUGGAUGGAGGAAAAUCCAAACUGUUGAAGAUGUUCUGAAUGUGUAUGGAAAAUAUCAGGUGGAAGCGAACAAAAAGAUGGUUGAUGAAGCAGUCGAAAAGCACCGAGAGGCCAUUUCUUCUCUUGAAAAGGAAUGCAACAUGCACUUGGAGAGUUUGAAAAAGAUGAACGACUCGAGAAAAGAAUUUGAGGUUCUGAAUGCAGAAUUGGAGAAGAAGGUGUUCGAUUUGAAGAAAGUCCUUGAAAUGGAGCAGGGGAAAAUUGCAGAAAUGCUUAAGAACAAGGAGAGAGAAGCCGCGCAUAAGAAGCAACAAGAGAUGAUAAAUGCUCCCCCAGUCUUCGACUUCAACCUCUUCCCAAAAUGCUGUAGCUUCUGCCCACAUAUUGGCCAAUUCGUCAUCACUGCGUUCGACGAGGUCACCAAGUCUACAAGAAGCUACAUUUUCAGCCCAAAAACUGCUCAUUUCCACUAUCAAUCCACCUGCGAGCUAUGCCCACGAGUCAUCUGCUAUUCAACUGUUCUUCCAAAUUGGACAAUUAUGCCGAUGCAAUGUGAGAGGUCUAAGUGGCCCUGCCUACUUUUGACAAACCAAGAAGGUCGACUGAUUAAAGUUGCAUUUGAUGCAAAAAUCAAUACAUUCAUCGCAGUUAAACCAUCUCAAGUUCUAGAAGAAAUUGUAGAAGUUCAAAAUUCUGGAAUGACUACCAAAAAAACAUUGGAGAUUCCUUCUUAUGAUACAACCAGACCAGUUUUGUAUCCAAAUUUCCGAGUCUAUUGCUCUCACAUUAAAGACGUCCUCAUCAACGCCUACAACUCUCACGCUAAAUCGAAUGCCUUCUACUAUUACAACAAAAUCACAGGAUCCUUCGAAGAACAUGUCGGCUGUGAUCAUUGCUCAAAGUCAAGCUUAAACCACAGUAUCCCAUCACUACAAAACGUUAUCACAUCAACCAGUCCUUAUACUGAUAACGCAGUCAUUCUGGUGUCAAGCAAGGAUAGAAGUCUCAAUAUUCUUGGAUUCCGCUCGAAUAACAUGGGAUUCGCCAAUUUUCCAUACAAUGUCGUCAUGCUGAAGGAGGAUCUGAAAGGUUCUGAGGAACCACUAACCGAUUUGACUGUGGAAUCGUUGGUGGAAAAGGUGGAAACAUUGGAAGUGACCAAGAAGGUUGAGGUGGAAGAUGAUAGUGAUUGCUUAGAUGAAGAUGAAGAUGAGGAGGAAUAUGAGGAUGAGGAUGAGGAAGAAAGUGAAGAAGAUGAAGAUGAAGAGGAGGAUGAAGAUAGUGAAGAGGAUGAGGACGAAGAGGAAUAUGAAGAUGAAGAGAGUGAGUAUGAAGAUGAGGAAGAGGAUGAGGAGGAAGAAGAAGAGGAGGGAAAAGAAAACAACGAAGAAAAGAAAGUACAGAAUGAAAUUAAACAUUAUAUCAAACUUGUCAACUCGAAAGCAGCCAUAUUUGAUCAAUUAGCAAUAGCAUUCUCGUUAGCAAAACCUGAAACUCAAAGCAACUUUAAAGAAAUGUUCAGCAACAAGAAAGCAUUCAACGAAAGGGUGGGUGUGGAAUUUGACAAUAACACCUGGAAAAAGAUGCAAUCGGUGCUAGCGAAGGUGACCAGAGAAGAUGACGUUGAAUCGACGACUACUGCUCUUGAACCAUCUGAUAUUGAAGAUAAUGAAGAUGCUGAGUACACAUCCACCGCACUGGAGCCUUCUGAUUUUGAGGACAACUGUGAUUUUGAAUCGACUGCUACUGCCGUGGAGCCAUUGGACUUUGAAGAAAGUCUUUCUAUGGAUGUUACUCAACAAAACGAAUCGUUUGAGGGCGUGGAGCAUGUCGAAGCUGAAGAUGACACACAAUCCACUACAACUGCUCUUGAACCAUCUGAUAUUGAAGACAACUGUGACGUUGAAUCAACUACCACUGCUGUGGAACCAUUGGACUUUGAAGACGAUAAUUCUCUGGAUAUCACCCAAGAGAGCGAUUCUCUUGAGCUCAUGGAGCAUGUCGAAGCUGAAGAUGACACAAAAUCUACCACAACUGCUCUUGAACCUUCUGAUAUUGAAGAUAAUGACUUGGAGCUUGUCUCUGAUCUAUCUGAUGAUAAUAGUAGUAUUUCAAUGAUCUCUUCCACAUCCACUGCUAUUGAAUUCUCAAUCGCCGACGACUCGGGAAGUUCAAUGGGAAGUGAUAUUUCCUAUUUGGAUAGAGAUAUGGAUUUUGCUUCUGAUAAAGAAUCUCUGGUUUCUGAAUCGAAUUAUCAGGAUUUUAUGGAUCCAACUAUUCAUGCUUCAUUCACUGCGUCGCAAAUCGCCGAAGCCGAUCAAAAUUUUCCAGGAUGCAUCUUGUCUUAAUUCUAUUCUUAAAAUGUUUCCUCCCUAAAAAUUAUCAUGUACCCCUUCAUCCACAAAUUUGUUUCUGUAUUUUUGCUCCUUUCUGAACUUGUUUUUUUUUCUGUAAAAAAACUUGAAAUUUAAUUCCAAAAAGAUUUUUCAAAUAAAGCACCUCACUCAUAAUUGAAAUAUUUGAA